AAGUACUCGCGUGUCUGACUGGCAGUUCGACGACUUCAUUUCCUCCCCCCCAUAACAUAUUGAGGACUUGCACAAGUAUCCAAUCCUUGGUUCACAGUUCAUGAUGAUUUCUUGUUUGAUUCAGUACGACGCAAUACCCUCUGGCAGGCAUUGCUUGAUAUGUCCCUCGCGAAGCCUCUGUCCCCAUCACCCUGCAUUCUAUGACGAACCUGAAGUCCCCCUCGCCAUUUCGCGCGCUCCCUAUGAUUUGAACGCGUGCAACGCGGAAAUCGACCGCGUUCAGAAUAUUUUGCACAGCCUCGUCCUACACAAAGCGCGACUGCAGAGGAACAGAAACGAUACUCAUGCUAUUGUCGGCACAGUCCCUACAGAGAUUCUCACUCUGAUAUUCAGGGAGGCCUGCCUACCCCAGGAUCCUGACGUCGGCACCUUGGAGGUGCUCUCUUUAACAGCGAUGGACAUAUCUAGCGUCUGUCAUCGCUGGCGGACGAUAGCGCUGGAUAUUCCUGACCUGUGGGCGACCAUUUCCAUAAAGCUCCCCACCACUCCACCGCCCCGAACCGCAGCUUUUGAGGCAGCUCUCCAUCUAUAUCUAGAACGUUCACGAUUCGCCCCACUUUCCAUCUAUCUAUGUUCUUCCGCCGAUCCAUUGCAUCGCAUCGAUAUGUCUUACGAGAACAAAUUCAUACUUCCCCUCUGCCGAGAGUCUCAUCGAUGGCGACAUCUUCACGUUUCCUUCAUGUGCAAGCGGUUCUUUGAAUUAUUUCUUCAAACGGUCCAUCGUUCUUGCAGCGACCUUCGCCAGUUAGACGUGUUGUCCAUCACGGACACGAGCGAUGACCCGAGUAGCUACUCACCUAAGGGAUUUACUUCUCUCUGUGGCGUUACAACUCUUGAAUUACGUGGAAAUAUCAUCCACAUUGAGGGUUCUCCCUUCGCAAAGACCCGUUCUCUUUCCGUACAGGCCACGGGGUCAAGGUCUAAUGCCCAGAUAUUGGCGUCAACCAUCGCCUCAGCGGCAGGACUGAAAAGUCUCACGGUUCUCAGUAAUAUUCACAACUUAUACAGUGGGGAUAUUCCUGCCGUCACCUCCCAGCUUACUACCCUCACUCUCCAUCUUUCCAAUGCUGAUUACACCUCUUUUGGCACACUGCUGGCCCCACUCAUUCUCUCAUCGCUUUCGAAAUUAACCCUCAUUCAUGCGGGUCGACAUCCCGCGUCAGCUAUCCCUCUCCUCUUUACUCAUCUCGCAACGUUCUGCUCCAAGCAUCGUAUCACCGACCUCACCCUUAUCCAGGUCCCAAUCCUAGCUCCCGAUCUUGUCCUUCUCUUCGAGGAGAUGACUACCCCACUCACCGCUCUCUACAUCCACGAGACCCCUGCAGUUCGCACCAUAACUCCGGUCCUCCUUCGAGGAAUCAUGGAUACGCUCCCGGUCCUUGCUCAUCUUGGACUCAUUUGGAGCGACAAUUCUGAGAUCGAUGAGAGCGCGGUCAUGGGAUUGAUCGAAAUGAGAGCAGGGAUUGCAGGUGGUCUGGAAAGUGCGACGGUCGGAAGGGGAGAGGCUCAUCAUAAUUUGGGUCGUCGAACGAGGGAGCGAUUAAGCUUGUUGCGCAAUGAAGGCCUGAAAGUAUAUGAGAGUGUGUUAGAUUGAAUUGGUGCCGUCACUGUUUUCUUUCGUAUCAGCUCAAGGCUGAGUCGUUUUUAGGGUCACCUCCUCGUUGAGCAUGCUCAUUUUAUGAACGUAACGUGCGC